GGCAAAGAUUUUCUCUCUCACUUAGUUGUGGGUGUGAGUGUGUGUGUGAAGUGCCGGGGAAGGUGAUGAAUUCGAGAGAGAUAACUUUGCUUUUCGCCGCAGCAGGAUUGGGUGCGGUGACCUCCGCUAUCUCCGUCAGCUUGUUCUUCAACUUCAGAAGCCCCAAGAAGCGCUGCUCGGAAAACGGCGUCGAGGAGAAGAAAUCUGCUCUUCAGAGCCCAUUUGAUCCCGCAAAGCGGAAAGGAUAUCUGUCCUGGGAUGACUAUUUUAUGGCAAUUGCAUUUCUUUCAGCUGAGAGGUCCAAGGAUCCCAACAGACAGGUUGGUGCUUGCUUGGUGAGCGAAAAGGGAAUAAUACUUGGCAUUGGUUACAAUGGGUUUCCACGUGGUUGCUCAGAUGACAAGCUUCCAUGGUCUAAGAAAUCCAAGAAUGGAGAUCCCCUGGAAACAAAGUACCCUUAUGUAUGCCAUGCUGAAGUCAAUGCUAUCUUGAACACAAAUCAUGCAUCUGCUGCAGGGCAAAGGCUUUAUGUUACAAUGUUUCCUUGCAACGAAUGUGCAAAGAUAAUUAUUCAGUCAGGUGUUGUAGAGGUUAUCUACUAUGUGGAGAAGAGAUUGGAAAAUCCGGAUGCUGCCUAUGUUGCUUCGCGCAAACUUCUAUCUAUGGCAGGUGUAAAAGUAAGGAGACAUCAGCCGCAGAUGGAACAGAUCCUGAUCAAAUUCGAUGACCUUUAGGAGCUUCUAAGACAGCUGCACCAGUAUGCUAACCUUUAAUAGUGUUAUGGACAUAAUUAGCCCAAAUGUUAAGAAGUCCAAUAGAGUUACUGCAAAAUUAAUAGGUCUAUGGACUA